AUGGCGCCGACGACGGAGCCGAAGCAGCGUUCGCCGUCGAUCGUCGUCCAGGAGCUCACGCACGAGAAGAUCCGCUUCGCGCUACUGCACACGGACACCUCCGUCGCGAACGCGCUGCGGCGCGUCAUCAUCGCGGAGGUCCCGACGCUCGCGAUCGACCUCGUGGACGUGAUCGAGAACACGAGUUGCCUGUGCGACGAGUUCAUCGCGCAUCGCCUCGGGCUGAUCCCUCUGCUGAGCGAGAAGGCGGUGGAGAUGGAGUUCCCGUACGACUACGCGGGCGACGACGAGAGCGUGACGGACGUGCACUUCGAGCUGAACACGGGGAUAUGCGCGAGCGCGGAGACGGUGGACGUGACGUCGAACGAUCUCGUGUGCUACGACCCGAGAGUCGCGCCGGUGAAUUACCACCCGGGAGAGUCCAUCAAGGGUAAAGGCGGCGCGAUGGAGUUCGAAGCGCAGGCGGCGGCGCGCGGUCCCGACGACGGACCGGACAUCCCCGGCGUCGUGAUCGUGAAGUUGCGGAGAGGGCAGCAGAUCAACAUGCGGUGCGUGGCAAGGAAAGGCGUGGGGCGAGACCACGCGAAGUGGCAGCCCGUCGCGACGGCGACGUAUCGGUUCGAGCCCGAGAUCACCAUCAACGAGGAGCUGAUGGCGACGCUCACGGAGGAGGAGAAGAUGGCGUUCGUGGAGUCGUCGCCGACGGCGUUGUUCCGCUACGACGAGGCGACGAGGCGCGUCGUCGUCGACGCGCCGGAUCAGGCGCGUUCUUACGGGUACGACGGCGAGUGUCUGAAGAAGGCGGAGGAACUCGGGAAGCCGGGACUGGUGGACAUCCGCGCCAAGGAGGACGCGUUUCACUUCACGGUGGAGUCCACGGGCGCGCUGCGACCGGAGGAGAUCGUCGUGAACGCGCUGAAGGUUUUGGAGCGGAAGAUGGAGGUGACGCGGGGGGAGCUGGACAUCUUGGAGCGCGAGCAGGACGAGCAGGUCGCGAUGUGA